UCUCCAUAAAUGAUUCUCCAUUAGCUCAUGGCUUCUUCCAUUCUCGCCACCAGCGAGGCGUGUUCUUGGGGCAAAUUCCAUGGGGCAAGGAGGAGGAGAGCUCCCAGGCGCUGCCGCAAUGCUUGUUCCUGCAGGGCGUCCUGGCAAGAGCUCGCCGGUGUUCUUGUGUUCUCGGCAUUUCCCUUCACGGCAGUCAAGGCAAUCGCGAAUAGCUCGCUCGGCAAGCAGCUCCAGGAGAGGAUGCAAGAGACCAAGGCCGCGGCGGAGAACUCCCGAUCGGCUGUGGAUGCCGCGAGAAUGAGGGCUAGGGACGCGAGUGUGUGGUUUGGCCAAGAUCGUCCCAAAUGGCUGGGGCCGAUUCCAUACGACUAUCCCGAUCAUCUCCAAGGAAGCUUUCCUGGAGAUUAUGGCUUCGACAUAGCGGGACUUGGAAAAGAUCCGGCAAAAUUCGAUAAGUUCUUCAAUUUCGAGAUUUUGCAUGCUCGAUGGGCGAUGCUAGCAGCGCUGGGAGUGGUGAUCCCGGAGGUCUUGGAAAAGUUCUUUGGAGUUAAAUUCGCAGAGAGCGUGUGGUGGCGAGUCGGGUAUGCCAAGCUCGAGGGCGAUACGCUAGAUUAUCUCGGGAUUCCAGGCCUCCACAUUGUUGGGGCUCAAGGCAUCCUCGUCAUUGCGAUCUGCCAGUUCCUCCUCAUGGUUGGUCCAGAGUAUGCCAGGUACUGCGGCAUCGAAGCACUAGAACCGCUAGGAAUCUAUCUUCCCGGAGACAUCAACUAUCCGGGAGGAGUCCUGUUUGAUCCGCUGGGACUCUCCAAAGAUCCGGCUACUUUCGAGGAGCUCAAAGUCAAGGAGAUAAAGAAUGGCCGUCUAGCGAUGGUGGCGUGGCUGGGAUUUUACGUCCAAGCUCUCGUGACAAAGAAGGGCCCUUUGGAGAACUUGCUCGAUCAUUUACAAGAUCCUCUUCACAACAAUGCCGUUACGUCAAUCCUCCUCUAGUUUCGCAAGAGAAAGAUAAGUUCUAGAUUGAUUCCUAUGCUAGCCGAUAAGAAUUAAAUCCCAGGUAUGGUGUCUUCGGAAA